AUGCACCCCGAUACCACUUUAAACCAUCAUACUUCCUUAAUUACCACCACUAAAUCCACUUUCCAGCAAUUCCUCGUUAUCUCUGUGUGGUCCACUGCUCUAAUACGACGCUCUUCCAAAAGAUUUCAAUCCACAGCCAAUGAAGAACCAAGAAUCAACCCAGUGGGGAUCCAACAACUAUCGUACGGUUUACAUCAACAACUUUUCCCUGGUAAAGAGAUUGAUAAGAAACCUUCAAAGAACCAGGCAGAUUUGAUUGAACUAUCAAAGCAAUACCUUGACCACCAUCAGUUAUUAGGAAAGAAAACCAGCAUAGCAGACCCGAUAUCUUUCCAAUUACCCAAGCUACAAGGGAAGAAUCUUGAUGAACAUUUCAAAAAAAUUGCAUUAUUUUCAUCCAAGAAUUAUUUAGAAGUGGCUAAAAAUUUCGUUGAUAUAGGUGCUAUACCGAAGAAACCAGAAACUUGGAUAAUGGAAUCCGGUUGGAUAAAGUAUCCUUCAGAUGGUUCGGAUCCUCUUCAUGUUGAUCACCCAGAUGAAAAAAUUGUUGUGUUUGAUGUGGAAACUCUUUACAAAGUGUCGAAUUACGCAGUCAUGGCUACUGCUGUCUCUUCAACGGCCUGGUAUGGUUGGGUGAGUCCUGUGCUGACUGGUGAAUCUGAAUCUUUUGAUCAUUUGAUACCCAUGGAUACUUUAGCUAAAGAGAGAAUAAUCAUUGGACAUAAUGUUGGUUAUGAUAGAGCUAGGAUCGCAGAAGAAUAUAACCUAAAGGAAACAAAAGCUUUUUUCCUUGAUACAAUGGCUUUACAUAUUGCUGCCUCAGGAAUGUGUUCACGUCAAAGACCAAGAUGGAUGCAACAUAGAAAGCAAAAGUCAGAUAUAGAGUAUACCCCUGAUGAGAUUCAAAGAUCUGAAAUGGAGGAUCCUUGGGUCUCAUAUAGUAGUCCAAAUUCCUUAGCUGAAGUGGCUCAGUUUUAUUGUGGGAUGGAAAUUAGUAAAGAUCCAAGAGAAAUGUUUGCUGGUGAUGAUAUCAACACCAUUAAAAAACAUUUCCAAGACUUGAUGACUUAUUGUGCAACUGAUGUUUCAACAACUUAUAGUAUUUAUAUCCAAGUGUUGCCUGAAUUCUUAAGAGUUUGUCCACAUCCUGUUUCAUUUGCUGCAUUAAGAUUCAUGGGUGGUGGUAUCUUGCCAACUAAUAAAGAUUGGCAAACUUAUCUGGAUAGUGCUGAGGGCUUAUACCAACAAAGUAGAGAAAAAGUUGAUAAUCAUUUAAUUCAAUUGGCUGAAGAAGCUGUUAAAUUAAAAGAUCAACCGGAAAUUUUUGAAAAUGACCCUUGGUUAAAACAAUUAGAUUGGACAAUUUAUCCUGCCAAAUUCAAGAAAAACGGUGAACCAUAUAAAAACCAAAGACUUCCAGGCUUCCCCAAUUGGUAUCGUGACUUGCAUAGUUCUCAAAAGGAUAAAUUGAUUAUCACAACAAGAUCAAGAAUCACACCUAUUUUAUUCAAAUUAACUUGGGAAGGUUAUCCAGUCAUUUGGAGCGAUGCGUAUGGCUGGUGUUUUAGAGCAAAUAUCGAGGAUUAUGAAAAAAUGAAGAGUAAAAAUUAUAAACUUCAAUCUGAAAGUUUUGAUGCAAUGAACAAUGGUGGUGAUGCCGAGAUUGGUCCAUCUCCAGGUGAUGAAUAUGCUUAUUUCAGAGUUCCGAAUAAUCAAGGUCCAGAGGCUAGAACUGCAUUAUUGUUGGCUAAGGGAUUUGGUUCUUUUUUUGAGAAGGGUAUCCUAAGUUCAGACUCUUCAUUUGCUCAAGAAGCUUUGAAAAUCAAUGCAAGUUGUAGUUACUGGAUAAGUUCAAGAGAAAGAAUCAUGUCACAAUUUGUUGUUCCUAAAACCAAAAAAUACAGUAUUAUUUUACCUCAAGUUUUAACAAUGGGUACCGUUACAAGAAGAGCAGUUGAGAAAACUUGGUUAACAGCUUCAAAUGCUAAAAAAUCACGUAUUGGAUCAGAAUUGAAAUCUAAAAUCAAAGCGCCUCCAGGUUAUUGUCUUGUUGGUGCAGAUGUGGAUUCGGAAGAACUAUGGAUUGCCUCAUUAGUUGGUGAUUCGAUGUUUAAAAUGCAUGGUGGUACAGCAAUUGGAUGGAUGACUUUAGAAGGUACAAAGAGUGAAGGUACUGAUUUACAUUCUAAAACUGCCAGUAUUUUAGGGAUUUCAAGAAAUGAAGCUAAAAUUUUCAAUUAUGGACGUAUUUAUGGUGCUGGUUUAAAAUUUGCCACUAGAUUAUUAAAACAAUUUAAUCCAAAAUUAACAGAUAUUGAAUGUGCAGAACGUGCACAAAGUUUAUAUAAUUCAACAAAGGGUAAAUCUGCACAAUAUUAUCCAAAAGGUGAUCGUAUGAAAUUGUGGUUUGGUGGUACUGAGUCUAUCCUUUUCAAUAGGCUAGAAAGUAUUGCAGAACAGGAUAGUCCCAAGACUCCAGUGUUAGGUGCUGGUAUUACAAAAGCUUUAUUGAAGAAGAAUUUGAAAAGUAAUAGUUUCCUACCUUCAAGAGUUAAUUGGGCUAUUCAAUCAUCAGGUGUUGAUUAUUUGCAUUUGUUGUGUGUCUCAAUGAAUUAUUUGAUCAAAUUAUAUGGUAUUGAUGCAAGAUUAUGUCUUAGUGUUCAUGAUGAAAUCCGAUAUUUGGUUAGAGAAAAGGAUAAAUAUAGAGCCUCAUUAGCAUUACAAAUUAGUAAUUUGUGGACAAGAGCAAUUUUUUGUGAAAGAUUAGGUAUUAGUGAUGUUCCUCAGUCUUGUGCUUUCUUUUCAGCUGUUGAUAUUGAUCAUGUUUUAAGAAAAGAGGUUGAUAUGGAUUGUAUUACACCUUCAAAUCAAAAGGCCAUUCCACCUGGUGAAUCAUUGGAUAUUGUUACAUUAUUAGGUAAAGAAGAAGCCAAAUUAGGUGAUGAGAAAAAGUUAAGUUUUAGUAGAAUUGAAAUACCACCAGUUGCUCGUAAUGGUAAAAACUUGAAGAUGGAUGAUUUUAAAUAUUCAAUUGAAAAUCCUGAAUGGAAGAAGUCAUAUUUACAGAUGCAAAUUUCUCAAGAUGAAAAAGAGUUUAAAGCAAAUUGGAAGAAUUAUCAAACUUAUUUGAAAAAAUUGGACUUUGCUGAGAUUGAGGAAUUAUUUGCUAAAGAGGUUCACUAUGAUCAACCUGCCCAAGAAGAGCAACCAAAGAAGAGGAAGAGAUCAGCAAAGGCUUCAGCUUCAACCAAAUCAAAAGGUUUUAAAAAGAAGGAGAAACAAACUAAAGAUUUCAGUUAUAAAUCAUACUCAACCUCAUCUUCAUCACCAUACUCCAAUUACAAUACAUAUCCAACUUCUGCAUUUGCAGCUCCUGGUCAAAAAGUUGUCAAAACCAGUUAUCGUUCAUUCAAAACCAAAGAUAAAUCAGUUAAACAAUCUUGGGAUGGCUUCAAAUCCAACAAAUUUUAA